GCGAUAGACAGCAGGACGGUGAAUCGGUUCAUGAUGGCUGGAUGAGUAGCACUGACUGAUGGUUUGAGUUUGAAAUGAUCCGUAUUAUAUAGGGAUGUGGAGUGCCUUGGAUUAUGAGAUAGACGUUCGAAAGCACUUGAGAAAAACCCUCACUCAAGUGACCUUCCGUCAAAAUAACAUCUACUUAAGAGAUAUCCGAGGAAACCAGUUACGGAUUACUGUCUGGGUAAAAUCCAAGCCACUUAAGAUAACAUGAAGAGUUCAACCUUAAAAAUGUAUAAAAUCGUCAAUCCCUCAGCAAUUUCUUCCAGUGACCAUGUUCCGACUAUUCGCACUUUUGUCCAUCAUCUGUUUCGUCAAGAGCGUCCAGGUCUACGACCCGCUACGCCCCUGGUGGAACGCACCAUCCCACACCAACCACCGCAUCGUCGGGGGCUUCCCCAUUGACAUCCGGGACGCUCCGUACCAGGUAUCGCUCAACUACUAUCGCGAGCACUGGUGCGGUGGAUCACUCAUCGGAAGCCGAUGGGUCUUAACCGCUGGGCACUGCGUUGACGUAAGUGACCUUCCCCUGAUCAAGGUUCGCGUCGGAUCAACCCAUCACGAGUCCGGCGGUCAGCUGGUGGAGAUCCAACGAGUCCUGCAGCAUCCGCUGUACGACCUCGCUCCGUUCGAUUACGACUUUGCGCUGCUGGAGUUGGACGAGGCGGUGCAGCUGGGUGAGGAGUUUUACGCGGUUGAGCUUCCCGGCCGGGAUGAACCCGUCGAAGACGGGCAGAUGCUGCAGGUCUCCGGUUGGGGUGACACUCAGAACGCGGAAGAGUGUGACGAUGUGCUGCGGGCGACCAACGUUCCGACUGUGAACCAGGAAGAGUGUCGCAGGGCGUACAGCGGGAUUCACGAGAUUACCGAUCGGAUGAUCUGCGCUGGGUUUCAGGCUGGAGGGAUGGACGCCUGCCAGGGUGAUUCCGGGGGACCGUUGGUGGCGGGACGGACCGUGGUGGGGGUUGUGUCCUGGGGAAAGGGGUGUGCCCAGCCGGGAUAUCCGGGGGUCUACGGACGAGUGGCUGCGGUGAGGGAUUGGAUCGAGGAGAGCACUGGAAUCUAAAUGUUGGAAUCAAUAAAAUUUUGAAUUGGUAUUUUUUCAGCGCUAUAA